AUGGCGGUGGCGUCUGCGAACUCGGAGAAAAUUGAAUCAAUGGACGAUUCAUCUUCAAGACGAGUCUCCGACGCCGCCUCCGACUCGUCUUCUGCUGGACCCUCAUCGACCGUUGAUCCAUCCGAUCGUCCCUCUCUUGAUCGUUCCAACUCUUCCCCAAGCCCACCCAGACUACUUGAAAGUCAGACUCCACAAUCCUUGAGGAGUGAAGAGUAUCGCCAGCUGUUUCGUCUCCCACCUGAGGAAGUCCUUAUUCAAGAUUUCAACUGUGCAUUGCAAGAGAGUUUUCUUCUUCAGGGUCACAUGUACCUGUUUGUUCAUUACAUUUGCUUUUACUCCAACCUCUUUGGAUAUGAGACAAAGUAUGAAGAACUACUUAUGGGAAUCCUAGGAAAUGAGGUCUUUUUGGAGGAAAUUUCUUUAGCAAUGAAAUCUACUGUCUUUGAUUGUGAAUGUGGCCGGAAAUUUUCUGGAAUUUUAGGUAGUAUAUUGAGGAGGACAAUGAAAAUAAUCCUAUUUCAAGAAAUCACAGCUGUACGAAGGGCGAAAGCAGCGGCCAUAUUCCCUACUGCCAUAGAAAUUAUGGCUGGAGGAAAGAAGUUCUUCUUUACAUCGUUCCUGUUCCGUGAUGAAGCUUUCAAGCUCAUUAAUGAGGGUUGGUUGCAGCAUGGUAAUGAGGCUAAAGCAAUCAUGGAUAAUCAGGGGCUUCUUGAGGACCGGAAAACACCCUCGGGUGCUUGGAACUCCUUUCACGAAAAGGUCGAGUGUUUGCAGGAGUUAAAGUCCGAUUUGAAUACCCAAGAAAAUGGAACUGUUGUAGUUGGGACGACAGAGAGCUCUAAUCACCCAGUUGAUGAAUUGGAUUUGAGUGAAAGGGAUAGGGAUGUCUCUAUAUCAGAAGAUUCUAGACUUCCACCUAAUGGUGAAGCUGAAAUUGUCUCAACAUCUUUAGCAGUUCAGGAUAACGUCGAAGAGGAGGCAGAAGUUGUUCUGAAUGCUGAUUGUUCAUCUUCUGGAAAGACCUUGGUGUGGGAGCAGGAGGAUGGUGAUGCACCUAAAGGUUAG